UUCAUAAAUUUAUUACUUCCUCAAUCAAACAUUUUUUAUUGAAGAAAUCAAAUAAUUAAGAAAAUCCAGCUAUGACAGUGCAUUUGCAAAACAGCUUAUGGAAAUUAAGAACUUCCAGUAAUGCUUUAUACAAAUCAGUAUACAGAAGAUGUUUUUCGACACAAGAUGUAAUUGAGCACAGAAAUAGACUUUUUAACAAUGAACAGAAGCGACAGAAAGAUAAUGUAGGCAGAAUAGAAAAGAUUGAAGUGCGUUAUCUUGGAUUACCGAGCAAUGAGACAUUGAUUAUGAAUAAGAAUCUUUCAACUCCUUUUAAUUGCGCACAACAUUUCAGCGAAGCAGUUUGUGAGAAUGCAGUCUUAGCAUUAAUCAAUGGAAAGAAAUUAUGGGAUAUUCAUAGACCGCUUGAGGAAUCCUGUACUCUACAGUUACUUCAUUUUAAGAGUCAAGAUCCAAAUUUAGUCAAUCAGGCAUUCUGGCGAACUUGUUCUUUCUUAUUAGGAGGUGUAUUACAGAGGAUUUUAAAGGAAAAUACCGGUCUUCAUUUGCACAGUUUUCCUUAUCCAAGUUUAAAAUCGGGAAGCUUUGUUCACGAUAUUUCAUUAAAUGUCGAUAACUGGAAUCCAUCGGCACAAGAUCUAAAAUCAAUGUCCAUUGAAAUGAUGAAAUUUGCUACAGAGAAUCACAAUAUAGAAAGACUUGAAGUCAGUCAUGAAAUUGCCUUAGAAAUGUUUAAGGAUAAUCCAUUCAAACGUGAACAGCUUCCAAAUAUUUCAAAUCAGAAUAAAGGAGUCAUAACUUUAUAUCGUGCUGGUGAUCAUAUCGAUAUUAGUAAAGGGCCUAUGAUUUCAUCCACAAAGUAUAUUAGUAAAGUCAAAAUACCAUCCGUACAUAAAAUAACAAAGGAAGACAGUAACUUGUACAGAGUUCAAGGCAUAGCACUUCCAUCGGGAUUCACAUUAAGUGCUUAUGCUUUCGACAUACUCGGACAAAGAGCAAAGAGAUUGAAUACCAUGUACUUGCCAGUAGAAUCUGCCGAUCCAAUUCAUUCAGAUGAAGCACCAAGCAUGCAGCAGCGCAUAUAACAUAUAUUGGUAAAUUAGAAACUUAGUGAUUAAUUCUGAAAUUAUAUGAUUAAAGAGAAUAAUUCUCAAAAAGUACAGUUUUUAAUGGAA